GUAUAUAUGAAGCAGUCCUCCUUUUUAUUCUUCAUUUUCCUCAUCUGUUCUCUGCCACUAUUGUCUGGAUUGUAUUUCCUAUUUACUGUGUAUGGCGUUGUCUGUGUGUGUUGGUGAAGUUGACAGUUAGAGAAGUCUCACUUGUGUUGCAGUAAAUAUCUCCUUGCCUUUGACACCUGCCCACAGAGUUUCGAUUGAGGGAGUUGGAGGGUUGACUACAAAAAGUGAAGGGGGGCGCAGCCUCAGCCACACUGCGUAGCUGCAGGUUGACAAUGAUGCAAAUGUUCUGCAUUAUAUUUGUCCUUUAUUUCUUCACCCCAGCUGGGGGAAGUGAGGUUGGCAUAGUACAUGGUACCAUUUCAACGCCUCAUUCCAGGCCCUAUAUGGCAUCACUCCAGUUUUCUAAAAAACACACGUGUGGUGGCAUUCUCAUUCGGGAGGACUUUGUUUUGACAGCAGCACACUGCAAAAAGACUCAAGACAUGACUGUGGUACUCGGGGCACACAACAUAAACAAGAGUGAGAAAAGUCAGCAACAGAUCAAAGUGGCUGCAUACCAUUCACAUCCAAAAUUCACUGGAGAAUAUGAUCACGACAUUAUGCUUCUUAAGUUGAAAAAGAAAGCCAAACUGAACAAGUAUGUCAGAGCCAUCGAGUUGCCUGAGAAAGACAAUGAGAUCCAUGCCAAUGUUCCAUGUGUCGUUGCUGGCUGGGGCCAAACUGGAGUUCAGGAGCCUGACUCAAAAUUACUGAGGGAAACCACAGAGAAGACUCAGUUCAGCUUUGAGUGCAAAACCAUAUGGCAACAAUACUUCAACAGUGAUCACAUGAUAUGCACCACAUUUGACAAGAAGAAGGGAGGAGUUUGCCAGGGUGAUUCUGGCGGACCACUCAUUUGUGAUGGCAAGCCUCAGGGUAUUACGGCUUAUACUGCCCCAGUAGACUGUAAUGAUACCAGGUACCCUCAUGUCUUCACAAAGAUACAAUUCUUUCUUCCAUGGAUCAAGAAAGUCAUGCAGGGAAAUAGGAAUGUUGAGUGAGACAUUAUGCAGUGGGCAAAAAUCUGUUCAUUUCUUCUAUUGAUUAUCAAAUAUCAAGGCUUUGGGGUUUUUUGCAUUAAAAACUGAAGAAGAAUGCUUGAAAUUGUAUUGUUAUUCAAUGGAAAGUCUCACUAUGCACACAUAAAUAUAGUGCUCAUGUCAUUUCAAAACAUUUUACUCUUAAAGUCCUUCUUUAAUGCAAACUGUAAAUGUGUUUAGACUGAAUGGAUUAAAGAGAAAUGACAGUGUACCAAUUGUGGGUAGAGACAGAACAGAUAUUGAAAGUAUUUCAGUGAGUGUGGUUGUUGUGGUAAAAAGAAAGAAAAAAAAAAAAAGCCUAAACACUUUAUGAUAAAACCCCAAACCAUCGCUGUAGCAUUCAUGCAUCAUCAGUCAUAGUGCAAACUCUUGAAGUUGAACCGUUUUCUGUCAGUGAAACCUGUCAUCUGAAAAGAGAAGUAAAACAAAGUGCUGUUUAAAAGAAUAUCAAUGCCUAAAAAUUACACCUCAUUAGUCUCAAAAGGAUUCUAAAAUUUUUGAGUUCAAUCAUCUUUUUUACCGAGGAGAUAUUAUUAUAACACUGUGGUUUGUUUGUCUUAUUGUUAUGAAAGAAAUGAAGCCUAAACCAUGUGACAAUUACCUGA